AUGUUUGGUAAUCUUGAAAGUUUAUAUGCUUUUUUAUGGACUAGUAAAAAACGAGUUGAUGUUUUUCGACAAAAACAGUAUAAACUAUAUCCAAAUAAACAGCUUCAAUCCGUGAAACGUGUUGCAACAACAAGGUGGAUGUCCCAUUCGGUAGCUUUGAAAACAAUAAUAUCUAAAUUUGAGGCAUUAAUUCAAACCUUGGAAGAAAUAAUUGAAAAAGAAGGCCCAGCAGAUGUGAAAACUGCUGCGACAGCUAAUGGUUUGAUUAGCUAUUUUUUGUCUUUUCGAUUUGUUUUAACAGCAUUCUGUUUUAAAAUUUUAUUUGAUAUUCUUGAUCCACUUAAUAAAGCAUUUCAAGAAUCAGAUAUUGAUCUUUUAACAGCAACAGACCUUAUUUUCUCGGCUCGCUAUGAUCUUAAACAAAAUAUAAAUGAUAAUAUAUUUCAAAACACUGUGAAUAAUGCCAAAGCUUUUAUUAAUGCAUCUGAUAGAGAAUUUGAAGAACUUAAACAGAUAAGACCCAUUAGAAUACCUAGAAAACACGAUCAAAAUGGUAAAUGUUCAGAUAAUCCUAUUAUAGAUCCAUUAUUAAAAAUGAAAGUUGAGACAUUUAAUGUUAUAUUAGAUACAACUCUGUCAACUUUAGAAAGUCGAUUUAAUGAUGAACAUAUUGGUAUUUUGAGAGAUAUUUCAUUAUUUUCAAAGAAAAGAAUUGAGGAAAUAAAUAUUAAUGUUAACAAGUUUCCAAUAGAUGGUUUUAAUGUAUUUUGUUCAACUUAUACAAUUAUUUCACAAGAAGAUCUGAAAACAGAAUAUUUACAGUUUGUUAAAAUUUUCAAAAUAUUAAAUAAUAAUAUUGAUUUACCUCAUGCAUUACAUCAAACACACAAUUUUGAUGAAGAUGAGAAAUUAACAUCAUCGUCAAGUGAUGAAGAACUACCUACAAAAAGAAAACAGGAAAUGCAAAAUGCUGGUAGUAUAAAUCAUGUUUUUAAAGUUUUCUGUGCAGCAAAUAUGAAUUCAGUUUUUCCAAAUCUUUACAUUGCAUUUAAAAUAACUGUAACAUUGCCAGUAAGUAGCGCAAGUACAGAAAGGUCAUUUUCACGUUUGAAAUUACUUAAAACCAGACUGAGAACUAGUAUAUCUCAAAACCGAUUAGAAAACCUUCUAAUAAUAUCUUGUGAAAAUGAUAUUGUAGUUGACAAAGACGAAGUAGUUAAAAAAUUUGCAAUUAAAAGUAAAGUUCUUACUAAACUACUUACUCUGUAA